AUGAAUCACACUGUGCUAAAAGGAUUGCAGCAAAGAGACGUUAUAGAGAAGAACUUCAUCGAAUUGUUUCCUGAAGCAAUCAUAGUAAGUGAUUUGGAUGACCAAAAUGAUGCCGAACUUCGGCUAAAAGCGUUGAAAAAAGAACUGGAACUCAGGGAUAGACAAAUUGAGGACUACAAUGCUACUCUAAGGCUGAAAAACAAAGAUGCUGAGCGGUUAAAUGAUGAAAUUAUAUCUCUUACUAUUGAGAACAAUCUUUUGCAAGAACGGUACGACAAGAUGAAGGCAGAACACGACCAUAUUGUUGCCAGGUGGUUACACAAGGCUCAGCAAGAAGCUGAUUCUAUGAAUGAAAGACUAAGGUAG